GUCAGUCCAAGGGACAAUUCUGCACUGGAUCCUAUUAUCCAUGGGUUGAAGGGCGUCGUACAUCACGAGAAGGAGACCUUUCUGGACCCUUUUGUCCUCCGGGACCUCCUGCCUGCAUCCCUGGGCAGCUAUUACCGGUACACAGGUUCUCUGACCACCCCGCCGUGUAGCGAAAUUGUGGAGUGGAUCGUCUUCCGGAAGCCAGUCCCCAUCUCUUACCAUCAGCUCGAGGCGUUUUAUUCUAUCUUCACCACGGAGCAGCAAGACCAUGUCAAGUCAGUGGAGUAUCUGAGAAACAAUUUUCGACCACAGCAGGGUCUGAAUGACAGGGUGGUGUCCAAGUCCGCAGUCCGUGAUGCCUGGAACCAUGACAUGACAGACUUCUUAGAAAACCCACUGGGGACAGAAGCCUCUAAAGUUUGCAGCUCUCCGCCCAUCCACAUGAAGGUGCAGCCUCUGAACCAGACGGCCCUGCAAGUGUCCUGGAGCCAGCCUGAGACCAUCUACCACCCACCCAUCAUGAACUACAUGAUCUCCUACAGCUGGACCAAGAACGAGGAUGAGAAGGAGAAGACGUUUACAAAGGACAGCGACAAAGACUUGAAAGCCACCAUUAGCCAUGUCUCUCCUGAUAGCCUUUACCUGUUCCGUGUCCAGGCUGUGUGUCGGAAUGAUAUGCGCAGCGACUUCAGUCAGACGAUGCUCUUUCAAGCUAACACCACUCGAAUAUUUCAAGGGACCAGAAUUGUUAAAACAGGAGUGCCCACAGCUUCUCCUGCCUCUUCCGCCGACAUGGCCCCCAUCAGCUCGGGGUCUUCGACCUGGACAUCCUCUGGCAUCCCCUUCUCAUUUGUUUCCAUGGCGACUGGGAUGGGCCCAUCCUCCAGCGGCAGCCAGGCAACAGUGGCCUCGGUGGUGACCAGCACGCUCCUGGCCGGCCUGGGCUUCAGCGGUGGCGGCAUCUCCUCCUUCCCCAGCACCGUGUGGCCCACGCGCCUCCCCACGGCAGCGUCGGCCAGCAAGCAGGCCGGGAGGCCAGUCCUGGCCACCACAGAGGCCGUGGCUUCCCCAGGCCCGGACGGCGACUCAGCGCCGACCAAGGACAACGAGGGCACCGAGGAAGGGGAGAAGGAUGAGAAAAGUGAGAGUGAGGACGGGGAGCGGGAGCAUGAGGAGGAGGGGGAGAAGGACUCCGAGAAGAAGGAGAAGAGUGGGGUGAUGCACGCCGCCCAAGAGCGGAACCAGACCAAGCCCUCCCCCAUGCCCUCGUCUCCCAAUAGAACUGCCAAGGAGGGGGGGCAUCAGACUAUACCUGGGCCCGGGCAAGACCGCCCUGCCGUCCUCACUGACCAGCCCGCUGACACAAGGGAUGCCGACCGUGGCCUGGACUCCAAUUCGGUCACCUCCACCCAAGUGCCCCCCACAGUCACAGAGGAACAUUAUGAAGGGAGUGAUCCUGAGAGUCCUGAAAUGCCAUCUAAAAAGCCUAUGUCCCGAGGGGACCAAUUUCCUGAGGAUAGCAAAUUUAUCACUGUUAAUCCAGCAGAAAAGAACACCUCUGGGAUGAUCAGCCGCCCGUCUCCAGGGAGGAUGGAGUGGAUCAUCCCCCUGAUUGUGGUGUCAGCCUUGACCUUCGUGUGCCUCAUCCUUCUCAUUGCUGUGCUAGUUUACUGGAGCAGCCAGAUGUGGGAGCCAAGGUGGCCGGGACUGCAUCACCUUCUUCCCAAGGGAAGAAGUUUCCAGAGGAAAAUGACUUGCCCAGGAUCACACAGCAAAGGGUGUAACAAAAUAAAGUCGAAGGGCUUUCCCAGACGUUUCCAUGAAGUGCCUUCUUCUGGGGAGAGAGGAGAGAAGGGGAGCAGAAAAUGUUUUCAGACAGCUCAUUUCUAUGUGGAAGAUAGCAGUUCACCUCGGGUGGUCCCCAAUGAAAGUAUUCCUAUUAUUCCUAUUCCGGAUGACAUGGAAGCCAUUCCUGUCAAACAGUUUGUGAAACACAUUGGUGAGCUCUAUUCUAAUAACCAGCAUGGGUUCUCCGAGGAUUUUGAGGAAGUCCAGCGCUGUACGGCUGAUAUGAACAUCACUGCAGAACAUUCCAAUCAUCCUGAUAACAAGCACAAAAACAGAUACAUCAACAUUUUAGCAUAUGAUCACAGUAGGGUGAAGUUAAGACCUUUACCAGGAAAAGACUCUAAGCACAGCGACUACAUUAAUGCAAACUAUGUUGAUGGUUACAACAAAGCAAAAGCCUACAUCGCCACCCAGGGACCUUUAAAGUCUACGUUUGAAGAUUUUUGGAGGAUGAUUUGGGAACAAAACACUGGAAUCAUUAUCAUGAUUACAAACCUUGUGGAAAAAGGAAGACGAAAAUGUGAUCAGUAUUGGCCCACAGAGAAUAGUGAGGAGUAUGGAAACAUUAUCGUCACCCUGAAGAGCACAAAAGUACACGCUUGCUAUACUGUUCGUCGUUUUUCAGUCAGAAAUACAAAAGUGAAAAAGGGUCAGAAGGGAAACCCCAAGGGUCGUCAGAAUGAAAGGGUGGUGAUCCAGUAUCACUACACACAGUGGCCCGACAUGGGAGUCCCCGAGUACGCCCUUCCGGUCCUGACCUUUGUGAGGAGGUCCUCAGCAGCCCGCACGCCAGAAAUGGGCCCUGUGUUGGUGCACUGCAGCGCUGGUGUGGGCAGGACGGGCACCUACAUUGUAAUAGACAGCAUGCUGCAACAGAUAAAAGACAAAAGCACAGUUAAUGUCCUGGGAUUCCUAAAGCAUAUCAGGACACAGCGUAACUACCUCGUCCAGACUGAGGAGCAGUACAUUUUCAUCCAUGAUGCCUUGCUGGAAGCCAUUCUUGGAAAAGAGACUGAAGUAUCUUCAAAUCAACUGCAUAGUUAUGUUAACAGCAUCCUCAUACCAGGAGUAGGAGGAAAGACACGACUGGAAAAACAAUUCAAGCUGGUCACACAAUGUAAUGCAAAAUAUGUGGAAUGCUUUAGUGCUCAGAAAGAGUGUAACAAAGAAAAGAACAGAAACUCUUCAGUCGUGCCAUCUGAGCGUGCUCGAGUGGGUCUUGCACCGUUGCCUGGAAUGAAAGGAACAGAUUACAUUAAUGCUUCGUAUAUCAUGGGCUAUUAUAGGAGCAAUGAAUUUAUUAUAACCCAGCAUCCCCUGCCACACACUACGAAAGAUUUCUGGCGAAUGAUUUGGGAUCAUAAUGCACAGAUCAUUGUCAUGCUGCCAGACAACCAGAGCUUGGCAGAGGAUGAGUUUGUCUACUGGCCAAGUCGAGAAGAAUCCAUGAACUGCGAGGCCUUCACCGUCACCCUUAUCAGCAAAGACAGACUGUGCCUGUCGAAUGAAGAACAAAUUAUCAUCCAUGACUUCAUCCUUGAAGCUACACAGGAUGACUAUGUCCUAGAAGUUCGGCACUUCCAGUGUCCCAAAUGGCCUAACCCAGAUGCCCCCAUAAGCAGUACCUUUGAACUUAUUAACGUCAUCAAGGAAGAGGCCUUAACAAGGGAUGGCCCCACCAUUGUUCAUGAUGAGUAUGGAGCAGUUUCAGCAGGAAUGUUGUGUGCCCUUACCACCCUGUCCCAGCAACUAGAGAAUGAAAAUGCUGUGGAUGUUUUCCAGGUUGCAAAAAUGAUCAAUCUUAUGAGGCCUGGAGUAUUCACAGACAUUGAACAAUACCAGUUUGUCUAUAAAGCAAUGCUCAGCUUGGUCAGCACUAAAGAAAAUGGAAACGGUCCCAUGACGGUGGACAAAAACGGUGCUGUUCUAAUUGCUGAUGAAUCCGACCCUGCCGAGAGCAUGGAAUCCCUAGUGUGAUUGGAAUCCCGAACGGGCACUUACUUUGUAAAACUUCAGAAGACCGAGAACUUUUUUGAGGCCUUUUUUGCCAGACUCUAGGUUAUACAAUAACCCAGUUACUUUUUUACACUGAUAAAAGUUUUGAUAUUUAUUUUUUGCCAUUUUAUGUCUUAAUGGUAUUCUACUGAGCAUUUGCACCUCUGUUCAUUUCACCCAGUGAAACGCAAUUUUACCUAGUUUGCACUAUAUGAUCAGUGUUACUGCCUAUAAUCUAAUCCUAAAGCAAACCCUGAUGUGACAUUCCAUAACAACAUACAUGCUACUUUUUAGUUCAAUACAGUGAAGGUCUUUCUUAAUGAGCGUGAAUCUUGAUUUUAGUAUUAUUAUUAUUAUUAUUAUUAUUAUUAUUAUUAUUAUUGCUAAAGCAGUUGCAUUCUACUAGCAGGCAAUGCUGUAUUUUUCCUCAGUCUUCCUCUCCUAUUUUGUUUUAGACAUUAUUCGAUACUGUAUUCCUUCUGUAUUUUAAUGGUGUGGAUGAACAUUUGUUUUCUUUUAAAAACAGAAGGUCAUUGGGAGAUAUUAAGAAGGUCUGUCAACCUCAUGGCCUUGAAACAGUUCCAUUUAUGAUGGUUAAGAUACCAAUUAAGAAAUUAGAAGGUUUAAGAUUUGCUUCAUGUGAACAUCACUUAUUAGUUACAAAUUUAUAUUCAUUUAAAAAAUGCCCAAUUGUGUCAAAAUAAAGGAUAUCUCUAUUACAGUUUUUACAGUAGCUAUGUGAACAGUGUGUGUUGUUUCCAUUUUGACUCUCUGAAAUAGCUACACCCUAAAAUCAGGACUAUCUUUUACAAUAGAGAGAUGACAAUAUUUUACACAACUGAGUUAUGAAACCCUUUAAUGACUCUCCAUUAAUGCUUCUUGGUUUAUAAUAAUGUACCUCACCGCAGGUGGAAUAAUGAAAAUUUUACAGGUGUGUAAUUUUGAAACUAGUCCUCUAAAAUCCCUAUGACUCAUACAGCAAUCUAAUAAAAGCUACCUAUAUAGUUAACAUUCUUUUCUUUCCUUUUUGCCACAUGUUUCAUAAUAAAUCUCAUAAUUACAUACAUUCUUCUACUUAGGAUUAAAUUGAAAAUACUGUAUUAGCAACAGUCUUAGGACUGUCUAAACUCCCACACGUGGAUUAAUCUAAUUUGGAGAGAGAAUUAGAAUCUUGAAUAAAAGGUGAUAUCUGCAUUUUUAAAUAAUUUUUAAAAGAGAGAGACGGCUUUGUGUGCUUUUGUGUAAUUUAGCCUCAAGAACAGAUACACUCCAAUAAAAGAGGCUGCUGAGCGUUACACAGCCCAAGGAGGUGAUUUGGUCUAGCAUCUGGAGCCAUAUUCAUCCCAGUACAUAAUGGCAAAAUUAUUAUAGGAGCAUUAAUUAGGAAGUUCAGUUCCAUUAGUUAGAAAAAUAAGCUACUUACUGAGAUCUUAUUUGCUUUUAAGGAACAGCUUCUGUCAGCAGUGAAAUCACCACCAGCACUGGGCCUGUUAGGAAUAAGAAGAAAAGGGUUUCGGUUAUUUUUUAUGUCAAUAAACUUAAACACAAAGUCCACACUGGCUAUUAUUAUACUGCCCAGGUAAGCAUUAGAACAUCAAUGGUCGUCAGUCAGCACUGAGGUUCUGCUUAUCUUGAGUUGGCUUCCUGUGAAGUUUGUCAGAAUGGUGCUGAAGGACCAAAGCUGCUAAGGAGAGAGGGGCUACAGGCCAAAACCAGGAGUUCCCAUGCCGUUUUCAUGAACUGCAUAACUUGCCAGGGUUAGGUUAAUCUCAUCUUAUCACAUAGAUUCAGCAACACAGAAUAGUCCACUGCUCACAAACUGUGGGCAAGGCUUGAGAAAAGGUGUGCAAGUGAGCAAAGUUUGCUAAAUUGUUUGUGCUAGAUAACAAAGACAACUUUUAACCCCUCUGCUGCCAUCAGAAGCUCUACCUAACACCAGAAAAAGCUUGAACAUAGGACCACUACAACUGCCAAGAAGGCUAAAGGGAAUCAGGAAGGGAAAGGUUUCCGAUAAUGGCAAGAGCUAGGUCGUUUUAGUCAAUUAAGUAGGUUACUUUAGUUGUAGAGAGUAUUGAUAUGAGCGAACUCUUUCCAGUAGUUGCCACCAUGGACUUGACUUUCAGAAGUAAUGAUCGAACUGGAGUUCAUGGUUUCUCAGUAAUUUUUUCUGAAUAUAAAAGUAAACAUUGGUUCGAAGACACAUAGCAAGUAUUCCCUUUUGUGCUACUUACAGGGGGCUCGAUUCAUGGAAAUGCACACCCUCCAACACAAAUUCUGAGACAAUCUCUUACAUGGGCAUCAGAAUCAUGACGAAAGCAACCGCUAGUAAAUAGAAUAGAAACGUUACAAGAAUGGUUUAGAAAUUCUCUGAGUCAACUGUGUGUCUACAGUGGGUUUGAACUACAGCCUACAAAUCCUGACCCACUGAACUAUGAACAAGUACUGUUUGCCCAUCUUGCCAAAGUGACCCAAACACACUUCCCGGAGGAGAGCUCUAUACAGCAUUUCUUCCUGUAUACCACAGAGUGUGUCCUCACUAUUAUUCUUCAUUUAUUAUUGGCAGAAACAUGCUUGCAUCUUUCCAGAGGCAGAGUUUCAAAGACAGUGUUUUCUUUGAGACAUAAGCACAUUGCUUAACUACAUAACAAGGUUAUUACCACUUGCACUCAGGGGGAAAGGAAAUAGCUAUUAUAAAUUAAUGUGUGCUAUUUUACAAGAUAAGCUUAUUGGGUAUAUGAAUAUAGCUCUAGGUAAACAGAACGCACACAUCAUUCAAACUUGAGCUGCAAUGAUCAGACCGAGUGGACAUGCUGGACAUCAGAGAAAAAACACCUUAUUUCCAUCAGGAGAAUUUCUUGCAUCCAAAAGCCACAAUAUUUUUUUUUAAUAAAAAAAAAAGGUAACCAGAAUUUCAAGAAUAAGAUAAUUGGUUUUCCUAAUUUUUUAUGCCUUGGAGCUUUUAGAGUCUAUUUCAAUUUGAAGAGUCCAGCAAGGUCAGAGAAGGUUAUGGUGUUCAAGGUCUGGCUGUUGGAGUUUCUAGCCCAGAGUGACAUGUUUAAAUCAACAGAUACCCUUAGUUAUUUUUUAAUAACACAGCACAACUGCCUUGUUAUGAAUUUUUCUUAAAUGCAUAGACUGUAUUUAAAAAUUAAAAUAUAGAUACCAAUUUACCAAAGAUACAUAUUACUAAUUCUAAGCAAAAAAUAAGAAAAAGAAACUCAAACUCAUCAUUAUUUAAGAAAUAAUCAAAAUGUAGUUUGUCUUAAGAAUUUAGCAGUUAUACUGGAAAAUGCAUUUCAACUCGUAUGUUCUAAAGUUUCUGUUCAAAUGGUGCCAGUGACUUUUUAUAUGAAGGGAAAAUGCCUGCUUUUUUUAAAAAAAGGAAACAGCUGUAAUUUCACUUACCCCUUUGUGCUUUCCCUUAAUUGCCAUUUAACAUACAUUAUUGGCUUUACUUAUCUCUAGAAAGAAGGAAUGAGACAAACAGGAAGGGAUUGUAAUAAUAUUUGGCCUCUACUUUGUCUUAGCUGUUAAACUGUUUUUAGUAUUUUUGUUAAAUAUUUGCAAAGGGAAGCAUUUUCUACAGAGGAUAAUUAAUUUCAAUAAAAAUAUCUUGAGUUUUAAGAAAUAAACAUCUCCAGAAAAGGAGACAGCCGAUUUUAUAAAAUGUCGCAACUCUCCAACAUUUGGGGUAGUGACUCCUUUUUUGUUAGGACAUUUGAAACUAGCAAGCAGCCAUUGUUUCUAUAAAAAAACAAAAACUCAGCCUUCAUGUUGAUUCGUAUUUCUUUCACUUCAUUUUGAAAUAGCUAAAAUCAUUGAAACUGUAAAUAUUUUGUUGCUUGGAUAAGCAUCUUCUGGGAACUUUGUAUCUAUGGUAUAUAAUCAUAGAAUUUUAUAUUUUCAUAUAAAGCUAAUUUUUUUCUAGUUUCAACUCCGUCAUAGUUUGUUUUUGUUUUUUGUUUUUUUGUGGUGGAUAUGUGAAUUCAACUUUCUGUGUAUUGAAGUAGCAACAACCAUCUUUGCAUUCCAAAAGAAUCCAACGUGUUAUUACUUUGAGGCAGUGAUUGUGAAAUUUGGCAUUUCUUUUUUAAUUCCGCUGACCAUUUGUGCAAUAGGAAUUAGACAUAGUCACUGAAUACAUCCGUUGCAUUGACCCAUUUGGAAAAAGUGGUGUUUUUUUUUUAAUAUGUUCAGGGGGAGGGGUUUUGUAACCUGAAAUUUUUCCCUUUUUCUUCUGUUUAAAACUAUAUCAAAUCAUUCUAUUAUAGUGUUAUUUAAUAUGUAAAUUGUAUUGCUAUACAUAAAAUAAAGUAUGGUUUUGAUGUAUUCA